ACAAACCGAAUCGGACGAAAACCUGUUUUACUAUUCGAAAAUCAACCGACAACGAUGCUUCCGUUUUUCCCGUCCCUGAGGCCGGCGGUGGCCAAUAACCUGUGGUUUGCUGCGGAUGAAUGCUGUGAUGAGGAUGGAGAGGUUAGCGCCAUGGAAACCGAACACCAGGAAUGGCUAAACCGGAUAUCGCAAAUUGGUUCCGAUCUGGUACCGAUAGGGAAAAAUGUUAACGAGCACACGGACAACAUGGACUCUGAGGAUGAAGAUGCCAACGACGAAAGCGACGACUCGGACAACUCCGACGAAGACGACGAGGACAUGGACGAUCUCAACAACGCAGCCCGAGGCAACGAUCGCCUAAUCAUGGAACCAGCUUACAACAAUACGGACGAUGAAAUCCAAGCGAACGAACUCUAGAGACUGCCGGUCUGUCAUCAUUGUGAUGAUUGAAAAAAAAAGUUGAAUUUGUGAUUUAGUUUGUUUGUAUCUUACUUGUAUUUAUAUAUCUCUAACUUGAAAAACUAAAAAUACAUUUUACGUUUUUGUGUAAUAAAAACGAGGCGGGUUUUCCUUCUUUACUUCUUCGCUUAAUUGCUCUUUUUUGUUGUAUUUUCUUUACAAUUAGUUUAGGAGUUCGAUGAUGAUAUUAACUGGUUUGAUUUGUUUUGUGAGAAAAGAAAAACGUGGGUGGAUUCGAAAACUUGCGUGUUUCCUAAAUCAAAAUGCUAUCGGUUAAAGACUAUCUUCUGCACAUACAGACUCUUCUAACUAAUACAAAUUGCGAGAGAAUUGGAGGUUUAAGUUGAAUUUACAGUUUUAUUCUGCGGGUUUUUAAGUUUUCAAAUUUGAACAUAGUUAUUUGUAAUGGACUUCAUAAUACCUGUACUUUUGAAAGAUAAAUUUGUAUUCAGCUACAAAAA